UAUUUUAACAUCUUUGAUCGAGUGUUGGGAUAUUGUGUUUGCUAGUUUGGGAAUUGCGGUUACAUUGAACAUUGAAACACGUAAAAUGAGCAGCGAAAAGAAAGCUGUACUUUUUAUUUGUCUUGGGAAUAUUUGCAGAUCACCAAUCGCAGAAGCUGUGUUUCUUAAUCUUUUAAAGCAAAGAGGCCUUACGGAUAAAUGGAUUGUUGACAGUGCUGCUAUUGGGCCCUGGCAUGUGGGUAAGGGUCCGGACAAAAGGGCUCGGAGUACUUUGGAGGCCAAUGGUAUUGAUUAUAAACAUACCGUUAGGCAGAUUCGAAAGGAUGACUUCAGUCAGUUUGAUUAUAUAUUUGGAAUGGAUGACGAGAACAUGGAGAACCUAAAACAUCAGGCACCAGCAGGCAGUAAAGCUCAGUUACACCUCGUAGGUGCUUUUGACCCAAAGGGAGAAAGAAUAAUUCGAGAUCCGUAUUAUGACAGUGACGAUAAAGGCUUCCAUAAAUGUUAUGAGCAAUGUGUUCGCUCAUUGACAGCGUUUCUGGACCAGCAAUCAAAGUGAAGAUGAACACACCAUUGUGCAGCAUUAAACAGUCGAUCGACAGUUGUGAAGUGUUUCGCUACGUUUCAUAAACAGUAAAGUUAUUUUGUUCUAUAUGCGGUAGUAUUCAAAAGUGUUCAUGGUGACCGCCGAGAUACUUGAGGUGACAUUUGUUUUGUUGUACACAUUGUAUUGGAGCCGUUAGACAAAGGAACUGGUAUGUGUACUAUAGGGCUUUAAGACUGCUUCAAAUGCAUUUAAUUUGAGAAGUUAUCAGUGUAAAGCUCAAAACCCAUUAUGUAUCUUUAAACACGUCCCAAGCUGUGAUAAAUAUUUCAAUAUUGGUAGAUGAAUAAAUGAACUAAAACUUA